GUGAAACAUCUUCAAGAAACUGAAAUAACUGAAGACAUUUUCCAGCUGUACUUGUGGCGACGAACAGGCUGGACGAUGCAGAGUGACGAGCUGCAGAGCCUCCGCACCGAGGAGCAAAAUAUGACUUCUGUUUGACUUCAGCUCACGGAGAAUGGAGAGCUGCACAACUUUACUGUAGCCGUUCAGUGAUUGGCUGACAUCACAACCAAGAUGGCACACCUCUUCCUCGCCAGUAAAAUCACCAUGCCGGACGACCUCCACAACAAAGGCGGAGUCAGGAUCCCCAGGAGUGCCGUGAGGGUGCCGACAUCGAUCUCUGCUGAGAAGCUGAACCGAGACAAGCCCAGGAAGGAUCAGAGCGUCGUCGUGACAACAAGAGUCCCGCAUGUCAACGAGGUCCAGCUGACAGCGGCCACCGGCGGCGCCGAGAUGUCCUGCUACCGCUGCACAGUGCCGUUUGGCGUGGUGGUCCUUAUCGCUGGCAUCGUGGUCACGGCGGUGGCGUACACGUUCAACUCCCAUGGGUCCACCAUCUCUGUUCUGGGACUGGUGCUACUGUCUGCUGGACUGGGCCUGCUGGGCUCCAGCAUCAUCUGCUGGAGGGUCCGACUGCGGAAGAAGAAGGACAAACGGAGGGAGAGCCAGACGGCACUCAUGGCCAGCCAGGGAUACUGCGUGGCCUGAUCACCACUGCAGGGGAGAAGUCCUGAGUGGAGUCAGGUUCAAGCUCACACUGGUGGUGCAAACAAUUAACUUCAGAGAGACAAUGAACCUGAACGCACCACGCAAAGUUUCCCAGGAAUAGAAUGAACUCUGCACAUUGGGAAGAGAUGGAGCUCGUACUUAUUGUGGGAUCUGUUUAAUCAGAGUUGACAGUGACUCUGCAGACAUGUUAAAGGCUUCAAGCCAGCAGAAUGAUUCAGCAGCAGAAAGUCUUUGACUGUAGAGUCUUUAAACUCGAUACUGAAAGUGCUGGACAGAGACUUAAAGAAUUCAACUUAAGAUUUAACUCUGACGCGAUGAGUUUCACAAUCAUUUCAUUUUAAUAACUUAUCAUUCUGGUAAUUUAUGAAGCCAAAUGCAGCUUCUAAAAUCUGCCAUCUUUCUCUUUUCUCCUUCAUUUUGGACUGUUGGUUGGAAAACAUGACAUCAACUUGUGUAUGAGAAAUUUUAAAGAGUGUUUUUCUGCAGCGCCCCCUGAGGGUCACAUGGUGGGAGAACGAAAAAAAAGCCUGAGCAGAGAGUUAAAAGGAAUGUUGUUCUCUUUCCUUUUAUCGUUUCUUCGAGCUGUGUCAAAAUACAACCCCUGGAAUGUAACUCACACACAGAGACUUUUGUGCCUUGCUAAGUAAAAUCCAAUAAACAGCAGGUCGACUAAUCAUAGAUAAUGAUAAUGAAAUGCAACGGCUCCAAUUACCAUGUGAGUUCUUGAUUUAAACAUCAGAUUUAAAUCAAUUUCAAAUUAAACUGAGUUGUCGCCCUGUAAAGCUCAUCUAUAAUGUACAGUAUCUGUUACUAAAUGCUGCAAAUAAGCUAUAAAUGACAUGUAAAAGGUGCAAUAUGUCAGAAUCUUCUGCUCUGAGCUUCCAGCCAGCCGGGCCUGCUAACUGCACAGCUAACUGAGCUAACUCAGUAAGAGCAGCUACACUUGCAGCAGGUGAUAUGCUGCCCUCAGUUUGUCUGGAGAGUGAAUCAGACAGCUGACCAAUUCUUACAUGUUGCACCUUUAAUGAGGUACUCUGUUCUUGAUGUUUCUCUUUCUUGGACAAAAUACAGUGUGAGCCCCAUUUUGGAUCUCAGUGCAACAUAUGUUACUCUGAUUGGUCACAUAGCUGGUUGAAAUAUUAGAUUCAAAUGUUUGUUUGCCAGAAGUUGAAUCUUUCUGGGUUUCAAGACAAAACAUUGCAGAUUUGGUCAAGGCAACAAAAUGAAGUGUUGGCAGUUUACUUUCAUGCAAAUGUUGUAAAUGUUCAAUUGUAUGAGCCGCCACUGGUGGAGUGACCAACCCAGAGACCACUGUUCAAGACUGUGCUUCAACAUUUGUAAGCUCAAAACCACUGGAUAUUACUAUAUUACUACUAUCAUGUUUUGGCGUAAAAUACCCGGUUCUGUCACCACAGACACAGCUCAUUUAAAAUAUCCACUGGCUUCACGCUUGAAAGUGUUGAAACGCUGCCUGGAACAGCGGUCUCACGCUCGGCUGCUGUGUCAUUCUCAUCUGUAACUUGCAGACACUUGCAGCGCCAUCAUUUAUUCUAGGGACUGCGCUGGCUGAUAAUCAAGUGAAGAUGAUAUUUUGAGUUUGUGGGACUGAAUCAUGGAGUAACGUUCUGUGUGCUGAGCUCACACUUGGGGCUUAACUCUGAUAUGCAUGCCACUCUGUAUAUUUAAACUAGUGCACUAUGAUCCGAAGUGAUGUAAAAUAACCAAAUGUUUUGUAUUCCACCGUAUUAAAGAGUUCACAUGAUGCUCGAUCUGACGCUGACUCACUUUCGUUCACCGUAUUAACUCUUUGUCAAUAUGAGUGAAAUUUAUUUGUUCUAUUAAAGUCAAAGUGCUGAUCGCA